AUGGCUGGUGCGCACUCGGCCGACGUGGUCGCGCGCGCGUUGGCGCUCGCGGCUGAAGCGCGCGGUGAUGGCGAGCGAAAACGAACGAACGCGUUGUUGGAAGGCGCGCUGAAGCAGUACGUGAGCGAACUGGACGAGUUUAGAGCGGUGUGCGAACGACUGAAGGAACGCGAGACGGCUGGCGGCGGCGCGGCGACGACGAAUUGA